CUCGCAGAAUUUCGGAAGUCCUCGCGGCAUUCUGCUCUCAGAGACGCGCAUUUUUAAGGGCCACAUCUGUAUGCUUUUCUCAUCUAGACACUGUCAUAUCUCGGUGCCAGUCGCAUUGUGCAUACGCUUAGCUUUGCAUUAAAAGGCUUAUCUAUUGCAUUCAAACAACGCGACUUUGCUCUCGUUUCACAGCCCGCCUCGUUGUUAUUAACGUCCUCUUUUGUGUCAUUUCAGAACAUGGUAAAGGUUCAGUGCCCCCUGUGCAGAAAACUAAUAGCAAACAUGAGGCAACACCUGCGCCUCACGCACGGUGUUGUCAUCCUCCGGGAGAGGCAGCUGUGGGUCCUGUUUUCCCGGAGGAAGGUCACGAAGCCUUUCCAUCCGUGCCCAUUGUGCGGCCGGACUUUAAAGCACAUCCGGCCGCACUUUGCGAACUCCCACCGGGAACUGUCGGCCAAGGAGCUUCGGCGAGCUGUCCGACAGUUCCAGUGGGAGGUGACCAUGGAGAGGCUUCGUGACCUGCAGGCCAGCCGCCCCGAUGUCCCGCUCGUCACGCUCGGGGAACCCUCUGAAGCCCCUGAGGAUGAAGGAAUUCCUUCAGCUCCCACACCCUCCAUCACGCCCGCAGUCUCCUUCACGCCUGCACCCUCUGUCUCCUCACCACACCCCAUCAUCAAUUCACCCCCCAUGAGCCCACACUCCAGUGCAGUCGUGGAGGAGAUUGCGGUGGAGCUGAAGCAAUUCCUCAUAAGCAUGGACAUUCCUGGCAUGCUGUCAGAGAGCGUUCCAGGGAGCGGCCUUUCCUCGCCUGACCUCGGCAUGGCCAUCAGUAAUUUUCUGAGUAGGCCUCGAGACAACGCCCUGUGUGGCCCUUUGUCGUUCCUUCUGAUACAGAAAUGUAAUGUUUGUUUCAUUACAGUGACCCUGGAUGGCGAUGCUGAGGCCAGAGCGGGGAUCGAACAGGUCUCCGAGUGGGACGCCCCGGCAUUCGUGCCAGAGACCAUAGGGUUUGUCCAGCUACUGGAGAUGGACUCCAUGGAUGGCGAGAUGGUCCUAGGGCCAGGGUCCCCCACACUGGAGGCAAUUUAAAUCAGUUUUAUUUAAUCAUGUUGUUGUUGUUGUUGUUGUUGUUGUUGUUGUUGUUG